AUGGGUUAGUGUGUCUCUCAGAAUAACAACAAAAGCAAACUCAGAGAGUAGAAAAUAAAUCAGUAAUACAAGCCUGAAAAGCCUCCAGCAGAUCUAGUAGAGAAAAGGUCCUAACAAGAAAUCAAAGAAGAGAAUUUUAACAGCAAGCAGUCGUUAUAGCAGGAAGAAUAAUAGACCAUGAAAAAGAAAAAUAAUGAUCUAUAAGUUUAUCAACACCAUGAAUUAGUUGAUGAUGAGCCAAAUGAAAUAGAUAUAAAUGAUGAUAAAGUAUAAAAUGAAGCAAUUGAAGAGAUCAAGUUGAUACCUCCUAAGUGUUUCCACUCUAGUCAUUUGAUAAACGAGAAAGAAGUCGUUGAUAUUGAGAAAUUAAUUAAUGAAUACGAGAAAAAGCCUAUACUCCUUGAAUUUGAGAGAUAGAGAUUGGUCGCUGCUGUGCUAGAAAAUAAAAGCUAACAGGUUUUAGAAAUUAUAACUAACUACAAGAUAGAUGUGAUGAGUGUGACUGGCCAGAUGGAAUCAGUCUAAGUUGGCAACAAGAAAAUAUAAAGUGAGCAUCUUAAUAUCCUUCAUCUGGCAGCUUAUUAUGGGUUUUUAGACACCAUUAAAGUUUUAUGUGAGAAUAUCCCUUCCUUAGACUUAGCCUAUGCUGGUAAAAUCCCAUCUAGUUCUGGCCUAGCUAAUUAAUCAGAGUUGUCAAUGCAUGAGUAUGAGUCAUCUAGAAUCAAUAUCAGAGCAUCCAACUUAUCAGUAGAUCAACCUAUCCUAUCAGAUAGACACGAUUCAGGAAAGCUAGAGAAUCAAAACUACAGGGUCAGAAGCUUAAUUUUAUUUUGGGCACUUGACAAGAAUUACUAUGAAAUUUUAAGUUACCUGUGGAAUUUCGAUAAGUUCGGCUAAACCAAUUGGGGUAUUAAGAAUUUGGAGUUUAUGUUAAUCCUUGCUAAUGAUAUGAAAGACAGUAGAGUGUUUGACAUUUUACUUUCAGCUAAACCAUUCUCACUGGCACUUUAAAAUCUUACCUUUGGAAUGGCCAUGGAUUUCAUUGAGGAUCAUAUAGUAAGAAGUGGCUUUGUUUCAGAGUAGCAAAAGCUCAAGUUGAUAUAUAGUGAGGAAAUGGCUCCUUAUAGCUUCAUAGGUGCUUUGAUACAUUACUCAAUUAUUUCAAACUAGGAAGAAAGCAACACGAAUGGUUAAGCAGCAGAUAAUGCAACCAAAGAAGCUAUAAAUUAGGAAAAAUCAGAUUUUGAUAGGCAGGUUGAUGAAUGUGAAGAGGACAUAGAGAUAGAGGAGUUAAGUGAUUUGUAUAACAAAUUGAAGCCAAGUGAUGUGAAGUUCAUUUUAGGUAGUUAGGAAAUAGUCGAGAAGCUUUAGGAAAUAUAUGAAAACAUAAAUUAGCUUUAGAGGAUGCAGGGAGACAAUAAAAAGAACUUCCAGUAGAUGAUCUAUUUUAUCCUUAAUUUCAACUCCACCCAUUUUGCAAACAGAUAUUGA